CCAGCAACGCGACCCCAUCAUAAACAAGUCUUUCCUUGAUCCUCCCCUGCCGCGAGCGCCCUCGGGGACCUUGGCAGCUGCAGCCGCCGCGGAGCCUUUCCAGAAAGGGGGCGUGGCCGCGGCUCGGGGUUCGGCCGGGAGCGUUCCGGGGCUCAAGGAGGCGGGGCCGGGCCGCUGUCACCGGGCAGGAGAGAACGUUGCGAACGUGCGCCCAGAGCCCAUUGGCCGAGGCGGGCCACACUCCCGGGUCUGGAUUGGGCCGCGCAGCAGAGGGGGCGUGGCCUCGCCGCGCCAGUCCUUAUAGGCUGCUCUGCGCUGCUGCUGGGGAAAGCAGCGGGUCGAGGGGGAGGCGCGGGUGGGCAGGAGGACGGGUCUGGGCCGCUCUCGGUAGUUGGCACCGGGUCGCACAGCCAUUCAAGCGGCAGGACGCACUUGUUCUAGCAGCUCUCGCUGACCGCGCCAGCUGCGGCUUCUGCGAUCCCGGUACCCUGAGCUCAUCAGCAAACGCCCUGGCGUCCGUCCUCACCAUGCCCAGCCUUUGGGACCGCUUCUCAUCGUCCUCCUCCUCUUCGUCCUCAUCCUUGUCCCGAACUCCCACCCCAGAUCGGCCGCCGCGCUCGGCCCGGGGGUCGGCGGCGCGGGAGGAGGGGCUUGACCGCUGCGCGAGCCUGGAGAGCUCGGACUGCGAGUCCCUGGACAGCAGCAACAGUGGCUUCGGGCCCGAGGAAGACUCGGCGUACCUGGAGGGGGUGUCGCUGCCCGACUUCGAGCUGCUCAGCGACCCCGAGGACGAGCACCUGUGUGCCAGCCUGAUGCAGCUGCUGCAGGAGAGCCUGGCCCAGGCGCGACUGGGCUCGCGGCGCCCUGCGCGCCUGCUGAUGCCGGGCCAGCUGGUGAGCCAGGUGGGCAAGGAACUCCUGCGCCUGGCUUACAGCGAGCCGUGCGGCCUGCGGGGGGCGCUGCUGGACGUUUGCGUAGAACAAGGCAAGAGCUGCCACAGCGUGGGCCAGCUGGCCUUGGACCCCAGCCUGGUGCCCACCUUCCAGCUGACCCUCGUGCUGCGCCUGGACUCACGCCUGUGGCCCAAGAUCCAGGGGCUGUUUAGUUCGGCCAACUCGCCCUUCCUCCCCGGCUUCAGCCAGUCCCUGACGCUGAGCACUGGCUUCCGAGUCAUCAAGAAGAAGCUGUACAGUUCUGAGCAGCUGCUCAUCGAGGAGUGUUGAACUUCAGCCUGGGGGGCCGACACUGCCCCCUUCCAUGGCAGAGACAACCGAACUUUUGGGGUGGAGACUAGCAGGCGGGAUCUGAGGGCCUGAUGUUUGUCAUUAGAAAGCCAGAAGAAAGUCGAGGUGGGGGACACACAGUGUUUUCUAGGAAGCUCACCGGGUCUUGUGCAGGUGGCUCUGUGUUGGGGACACAUGGCCCUCAGUACUGUAGCAUGAAACAAAGGCUUAGGCCAACCAGGCUUCUGGCUGGAUGUGUAUGUAGCAUGUACCUACCUUAUUAUUUUUAUUACUGACAGUUAAGACAACAGUGGUGUGACAGAGCCAGGAGAGCAGCUGGACUGCUCCCACCUCUGCCAAGGGUGAAGGGGUGUGUGCUCCUGGUAGCAGCCAGAGGGAGGGGGGAGGUCAUGGAGGUGGUUUUUCCUGGUCUGAAGGACCAAGCGUGUUUGUUGUUUGUUUCUGUAUCUUUUGUUUUUCUGAUUGGAGCUUCACUACUGACCUGUUCGAGGCAGCUAUCUUACAGACGCAUGAAUGUAAGAGUUUAGGGUGGGUGUUGGGAUCAUCUGGGAUCUUUGACACUUGAAGAAAAAAAUACACCUAGGAGCUGCGUUCAACCCAUCCCCCCUGCCCACACUGCAGAGUUGAGCUGUGAGGUGAGGGGGCCGACGGGGGUGGGGGCUGGAACCCCUCCCCCAGAGGAGUGCCAUCUGGGUCUUCCAUGUAGAACUGUUUACAUGAAGAUACUCACUGUUCAUGAAUACACUUGAUGUUCAAGUAUUAAGACCUAUGCAAUAUUUUUUACUUUUCUAAUAAACAUGUUUGUUAAGAUA